AUCUCUACGACGCAGCAUCGUGAUUUAAAGAUGGCCGCCAGUUGAACAGCACGGGAGACGGAAGUAUGUCCGCGUGUGCGGUGUGAAUAUUUCGUGGAUAUCGUUUGUCUCGUCACGUGGCCGUGAACUCGCAUCAACUCGCGUACGGGGAACACGGUUUUUCUUCGCUAAAUCGCGACCGCAUUCGGCAAAGAAAGACGGUCGAGCUCGAGGAAAUGGGCCGGUCGCGCUCCCGAUCGAAAUCGCCGAGCAGACGGCGUCAUAAGAGCAAGCACUCGCGCAAGCGAUCCAAGUCGCGCGAGAAGCAUUCUAACAACAAAUACUCGGACAAGCCGAAGGAGCGUAGCUCCAAGUCCAGAAAACGAUCCCAUUCCGCGUCGUCUAGCACUGGCUCGGACGUGUCGGACGACGUGCACAUCGUCAGUCACAAGAAACGAUCGUACAGAGACAGGGAUCGGAAGAUGGACGAAGUGGAAAGGCUGGCAGAAAUGGAGCGGCAAAGACGUCAACGCGAAGUGGAACAGAAGAUGGUGGAAGAGGAGGCAGCUAAACGUAUAGAAGAACUUGUACAAAAGAGAGUAGAAGAAGAACUUGAGAAACGUAAGGAGGAAAUUGAAGCAGAAGUGCAAAGGCGGGUGGAAGAAGCGAAGAGGGCUAUGGAGCGUCAAAUGAUGGAGGAGAUGGAAUGGAGACAAGCGAAACUACGUGAGGAGGAGAAACGAAGAGAGGAGGAAGAGCGGAAGAAGCGUGAGGAACUAGAGAGGAUUAUGGAAGAGAACAACAGAAAGAUAGAGGAAGCUCAGAAGAAACUGGCUGAAGAAAGAUUGGCCAUGGUUGAAGAGCAGCGAUUAAUGGAAGAGGAAAGACAAAAAAUGAGGAAGGAACAUGAAAAGCGCGUCAAGGAGGAGCAAAAAAGGAUCUUAGGCAAAAAUAAUUCAAGGCCUAAGUUAUCCUUUUCGCUAAAAUCGGUUACGUAAGUUUAUAAUAUUGUUUUAUGCAGUUUUACAUGUGAUAUGUACACGAAAUCUUGUCAGCUUUCAUACUUGAUCGCGAGAACAGUUAUAGACUGUACCUACGUGGGUACAUAGAUAAGUGCAGUAACAUAAGAUACAAAGCUCACCCUAAUGUAUUCAAAGCGAUUGUUGAAAUCAAACAAGAUUGAAUACUUUAUUUGAUUGCGAUGACGAUAGAACACAUCAGAAUUAAAUAAUCGGAUUUCGUCUUGUCAGGUUUCAACAUAGAUACAGAUGGGAUUUCAUGUUACGUGAGAUUAUACUAACAUCAAUAUGAGCGAACAUAAUUUUUUAAUAUGCAAAGAUGUAAUGACACUGAUAUUUUUAAUUUAUUAAAAACUUUCAAAUUUAUACAUCAUAGAGAGACAACUUUUGAAAUAACCGAUUCGUUCUAUCUGAUGUAAGUAUAUUCUAACUCAAUUAGAAGUUCCAUGAUUUAUACAUAUGCUAUUUGUAUCGUAAGUCCUCUGUUAUUUCUCUCUAUACACAAAAA